AGUAAACCUUCGAAGAAGGACCAGUAUCUCAGAGAAUGCCCCCUGUGCCUCCUUGAACUGCACCCGGACUGUUUCCCAAAGUUGAGCCUCUGUAAUCAUCGUACGUGCUGGGAUUGUCUUCAACGUUAUCUCCGAAUCGAAAUAUCAGAGGGUCGCAUCAACAUCGACUGUCCAGAAUGCUCGCAACUGAUUCAUCCGACAGACAUUCGGAAUAUUCUGAGCGACGAAGCUACCAUGCUCAAAUACGAGACGUUUAUGUUAAGAAGAGUGCUCUGUACAGACCGAGAUGCCCGCUGGUGUCCGGCACCAGAUUGUACAUUUGUCGUGAUCGCGAACAAUUGCGCGACGUGCCCCAAAUUAAAAUGCCAGAGACCUGGAUGCGACACUGAGUUCUGCUAUCACUGUAAACAAGAAUGGCAUCCGAAUAUUACGUGCGACAUGGCGCGACAGCAGCGGCAGGAAGAAAUUCCUUGCGGUCCCUUCCCUUCAACAUCGGGAGCUUCGGGCUCAACUAGUGGAUCUCCGAGCGGAAAAUUCGCAGGGAAGGAAGAGAUGAAGAACUGCCCGAGUUGCGGGAUGCAGAUCAUCAAGGCGGACGACGGUAGCUGUAACCACAUGACGUGUGGCAUUUGCGGGAAGGAGUUUUGCUGGCUGUGCGUUAAGCAGAUCACCGAUCUCCACUAUCUGUCACCUUCGGGCUGUACAUUCUGGGGCAAAAAGCCCUGGUCCCGGAAGAAGAAGAUUCUGUGUCAGCUCGGGAUGCUCGUGGGUGCCCCCGUAGGAAUUGCGCUGAUCGCCGGUAUCGCCAUUCCGGGAAUCAUCAUCGGGAUUCCCGUGUUCAUUGGCAAAAAGAUUUACGUGAAGAACCGAGAGAAGAGCGCAAUGAAAAGGAACACUGCCGUUGCGAUGGGAGUUCUGCUUUCGAUGGCCUUCUCACCGAUCGUCGCGGCGAUUGCGAUCGGCAUCGGUGUACCCAUACUCCUCGCCUACGCGUAUGGAGUUGUACCGCUGAGUCUCCUAAGAUCAGCGGGAGGUUGGGGCGUGAAGGCGUCUAGUUCCGGCGUUCGUCUCCAGUUCGACGAAGGCCCGGGUGCUGAAGAACAACAAAUGGACGAUGGCAAAUUCCCAUCGACCUCUGGCGAAGGCCAACGUAGAUCAUCCAAAGUUCAAGCUGCCACCGAUGGCGAUCACGUUAGCAUCACGAUGGCGAGCGGAGGCAACGGCGGCGGUGACGUCGAUUCCGUUGUGAGUGGAAAGACGCUCGAGUCCGGUAGACUUCAAACGGUCCAAGUUCAAAUCGAACAGGACGACAAGGCGAGCCAGGGUUCCACGAGGGCGCUUGCGGGCAGUCUGCUCAACUAUGAGGCCGCCGACAAGUAAAUCGAUCUGUGAUGUAAAUGAGUUUAAGUGUGGCUGAGAGAUGCUUGCGGAACACCUCGUCGUUCAAAACUACGACCACGACCAUGAUGUGCCAGAUUUGCGUGACGAUGAUGAUGUUGAUGUGCGUCCUCUCCUGAUCCGAGGAAAUACAACUGAGCAACGUGUGCGUGGAGAGAGGCUGUGAUAGGCAAAGUGUAGAUAGAAGAUGACUGCUGUCGAGUAUGGGCUCGAGACAGUUUUUUGAGAGCUCCAUAGGGUCUGCAUGUAUCGUUUGAAAUCAUCGACGGAGACGAUUCCCCGAACGGGGCCGCGGUCAUCGGGUCCACCGUCUGUCGACAUCCAUUCAAAAACAAUCCCAGUCACUUGGAGAGAACCAACCUGCCAAGGGAAGCCCGUCUCCCGGAGACACCGGCAGAUGAGCGGUCCCCGGCUCAUUUAUUUCUUAGUGUACUUAGCCAAAGAUAGGUGCGAUGUCGAGCUUCGGGAUGGCGGACCCUUCCCGAGAAAUUGGUGGUGAGAUCUAUCAAUUUCUCGAAUGAGAGCUGCGGGAGACGCAGCGACGUCGUCGGCGCCAUUGCUGAGAACAAAUAGCGAGUCUCAUGAAACUCGACCGAGGGAAGCGAUCCGGGAUCUGAGAUUUUCGAUUGAUCGAAUGAUUGGUUAAUUGAGGUGAUAAUUUCCCUGAGCUGUUUGUCAUCGAUGACCAUGUUGAGCUCGGUCGACUUGUAUCGGGCAUGCGCAAGUUUACAUGCGGAUGAGAAAAAUAUCAGUAAUGUCAUGAAUGGAGCGUGUUACUUUUUAUGAAAACCAAUUCAACUUCAUUAAGUGCUCGUGGAUCCGCAAUCCGUCGCUCAUCUACUGCGGGCGCCGCGCAUCGUAUCGUAUUUGAAAUGGAGUGUAAUGGAAAUAUCGCAAGUCUCGUCUGUCGCGCUAAAGAUCGCGCUGAUUUAAUAGAGAGCUGGGUCGAAAGAGGCUUCUGGGUUUAGACAUCGGGAAGCACGCGGCCCGAAGCGUAAACUAAUUUAAUUCCUUCUUCCGGCGUCAUCCGGACCGGUUCCUUCAGAUAGGGAUGCGACUCAUGAGGGCUUGAGGGAUGAAGAGAAUUAUUUUUGGAUUUCGAUGAGGUACUCUGAGCGGAAUACUAGCCGGACUACCUUUUGAGAUGGAUAGGAAAACCAACAAAUUCUGUGAGCGGUUGACGACGUCGUAAUCAGAGAAUUCUACCUCUGAUGGAAGAUGUGCGCUAUCCUUGUAUUGUAAAAGAUGUGAGGAACUUGCAGUGAUUGAGAAUUGCUGGAUCCAUGUGUGCGACACUCUGCGAGAAUGUUGAAAAGAAAGUUCCGGGCUAACGUAACGUUAAAAAAUUUAAUUCGGAGCUGUUCCUUUUAAAAACGCGGUGAAAGCAUAAUGUGAAUGACGAUCAUGCAGAUCGAGUGCUCGCAGUGUCGUGCGAGCGGAUCGAGGAUGGUUAGGUGUAUCGCGAACGGAAUAGAAAAACUCAAGCCGUGCUAAUGUGUAAAUACUGGAAGGCAGAUGGAUUGAAACCGUACGAGAGGUUGAAUAAAGAGACAAAAAUUAU